UUCGUAUAAUACACUGUGCGCUUUUCUGUCAAGCUACACUCUGUGUUUGGUGCUAGAUCGGUCCACAGUGUCGGCGGUUGUUCUUACGGACGGACAAGACACUGAAUUCUUCCUAUAUAACUUGUACAUAUAACAAGUCUCUAUCUUAUUCUCUAUUUUAACGCGAACCUUAGAAAAAAAGCAUAAACAAACAUGUGUGACGAGGAAGUUGCCGCACUCGUUGUUGACAAUGGUUCCGGUAUGUGCAAAGCUGGUUUUGCCGGAGACGAUGCACCUCGUGCCGUCUUUCCAUCCAUUGUUGGCAGACCACGCCACCAGGGUGUCAUGGUAGGCAUGGGACAAAAAGAUUCGUACGUCGGAGAUGAAGCUCAAUCAAAGAGAGGUAUCCUAACUUUGAAAUACCCGAUUGAACAUGGAAUCGUCACCAACUGGGAUGACAUGGAAAAGAUUUGGCACCACACUUUCUACAACGAACUUCGAGUAGCACCAGAGGAGCACCCAGUUCUCCUUACGGAAGCUCCAUUGAAUCCUAAAGCAAAUCGCGAAAAGAUGACGCAGAUCAUGUUCGAGACGUUCAAUACACCAGCUAUGUACGUCGCUAUUCAAGCUGUACUAUCUCUGUAUGCUUCCGGUCGUACCACCGGUAUUGUAUUGGAUUCCGGUGACGGUGUAUCUCACACCGUACCGAUUUACGAAGGAUAUGCUUUACCACACGCUAUCCUUCGUCUCGAUUUAGCUGGUCGUGAUCUUACCGACUACCUCAUGAAGAUCCUCACCGAGAGAGGAUACUCAUUCACCACCACGGCCGAGCGUGAAAUUGUACGUGACAUCAAGGAAAAACUUUGCUACGUUGCAUUGGACUUCGAGCAAGAAAUGGCUACUGCUGCAUCAUCAUCUAGCUUGGAAAAGAGCUAUGAACUUCCCGAUGGUCAAGUUAUCACCAUCGGCAAUGAAAGAUUCCGUUGUCCCGAGGCAUUAUUCCAACCAUCGUUCUUGGGUAUGGAAGCUUGCGGCAUCCAUGAGACCACUUACAAUUCAAUCAUGAAGUGCGAUGUCGAUAUUCGUAAGGACCUCUAUGCUAACACCGUUCUCUCCGGCGGUACCACCAUGUACCCAGGCAUCGCUGAUAGAAUGCAGAAGGAGAUCACUGCCUUGGCUCCAUCCACCAUGAAGAUUAAGAUUAUCGCACCACCCGAAAGGAAAUAUUCCGUAUGGAUCGGUGGAUCCAUUCUCGCCUCGCUAUCCACCUUCCAGCAAAUGUGGAUCUCUAAGCAAGAGUAUGACGAGUCUGGGCCAUCCAUCGUUCACAGGAAGUGCUUCUAAAUGCAUUUGAUAUUCCUUUUCCCAUACUAUCAUUCCCCGAAAUCCCGAUAUGCGCGGGAUCGUAGUGCGGUGAACGGCCCUUCGCGCCCCCGAGCUAAUAUCUCGAGGUUCACUACACUACCAGCAGCGUGUGUGGUGGGUGGCCUCGCGCGAUGCAAUGGAAGUAAGUUAUGACCUUUGCUCUUGCGUUAUUAAAAGGAGAGAAGAUUAGACGUUCGUUUCGACGAUGAUUUCGAUAUUUUACACCUGCUCGUUGUUCUUUCCUAAAAAGCGAGAGAAUCCUUUUUUUUUUUAUCUUAUUUCAGUUUCUUAUUUCCUUUCUCAUUUGUCAACUCUCUCUCUCUCGUUUUAUUUUUCUCUCUCUCUCUCUUUAUAUAUAUUUCUCAUUCACGUCUGACGAGUAGUUGAUUUUUCUCAUCUAUCGUAUAUUAUCGUCGUUCAUCGUCGUCGUUGUCGUCAUCGAAAGGAACGUCCCUUUUAAUAAUACGCGGUGACAGUAUUAUAAUUUAUUUCUAUUGUCUUGUGCAAGACCACGCACGACACAAAUGAAACACACGUUACGAAUUACAUACGUACUACAUAUUCGCAUACUACACUCUCUAUCACAUACACAUACACAGACACAAAAUACACACACAAAUCACAUACAUCUUAAAGACUACUUUAGACUUAUGGUAUUAUAAAAUAAAACUCUUAAAAACACGAUCAACUUGGA